GGGGAUUGGCUAAGAUUCAGAACUGGGCGAAGGCUGCAUUCCCCGCAUAUGGCGGUCUUGUUCUCAAAUCCGGCGCAGUACCAAACUUUACAGUCCACAUACGCACACUCUGCUUUUGACACCACCCCCCAGACAAAAAGACGAAAGGAAUCGAGAGAAUAAAAAAAUGACCAAGUCGGGAAAGGCCACGGCCGUCGCGAACGGAACCACGAUCGCCGAGGCGACGGAGUGGGAGGAGGUUGAGGGCAACGUCUACUUCCCACCCUCGGCGGUGCGGGCGGACGCGUUGGAGAAGACUGACACGACGACGUUCUGCCCGUGGAAGGGGACCGCGAGCUAUUACUCGGUCAAGGCCGGCGACACCAAGCUGAAGGACGCGGCUUGGUUUUACCCUGCGCCCAAGGACGCUGCCAAAGAGAUCAAGGACCACGUCGCCUUCUACAAGAGCAAGGUCACUGUUACUGUUGAGUGAAAAGGGGCUCUGAACUAGCUGCCGGGUCAGGCUGCGGGCAUCGGGCUUGGUCCCAGACGUUCCUUGGAAGGUACUAGCUUCGCCGGUAGGAGAAUGGCGAGAACAAGUCCGGUUCUGAAAGUUGACGCACCUGUCGUCCCUGGUUCAGAUAUUCAGAGCCAUUCUUUGGGUGUCCUUAUGUGAAGAAUUCGCCAGUGAAGGGUAAGACGUGCGCGUACCUGACGGCUCCGACCGUGGGGCAUGAGUUUGUGAGCGCUUCAAUAUCGGGGGUGUGAGUUCAUUAUGGAUGAAUGGGAAACGUACCAGGGGUCUGCCCAAAAGUGAUUCCCGUCUGGUAUCAACUACUCAGCCACGAAAAACCGCGCCGGGCCCUGUGUAUAUAACGAGUACUGCAGGGCUCCGGUCUACACAAACGCAUGGGGUCUGGUGGGUAGUGUAUGGCACAAAUGCCAU